CUCAUAGUCGUGUCUAAUUGUUGAACUCCAUCAAUCCAAUGGCUUCUUCGCCGAAAUCCAAAGGAACUUACCACGUCUUCUUGAGUUUCAGAGGAGAGGUGCGUAACAACUUCAUCGGUCAUCUUUACAGAGCGUUAGUCAAGAACGGAAUACAUACUUUCCGAGAUAGUGAGGAAUUGAGGAAGGGAGAGAAUAUAUCGAUGCUCAUGAAGGCCAUCAAAGAAUCGUGCAUCGCAAUCAUUGUUUUCUCUGAGGAUUACGCUUCUUCAUGGUGGUGCUCGGAAGAGUUGGCCAUGAUCAUGAAGUGCAAGGAGCAAAAGGACCUCAUCGUUCUACCAGUAUUUUAUAAAGUAGACCCAAAAGAAGUGAGAGCGGGGAGAACGAGUUAUGCGAGAGGCCUGGCAAAGCAUGAGUCUAAGUAUGGAAAAAAUUCGAAGGAAAUGAAGAGAUACAAGAAAGCUCUUCUCGACGCUGGCAGCUUGUCCGGGUGGACUUUGAAUGAUGGAGAUGAUGAGUCAAAGGUUGUACAAGAAAUUGUGAAGGAUAUCUCAACUCGUCUAAGCCAAACACCUUUUGUUGUUGAUGAGCAUCCGGUUGGGAUAGAGUCCCGAGUGGUUGAGGUGAAAUCAAUGUUGAACCUUGAAUCUAAGGAUGAUGUUCUCAUGGUGGGAUUAUGGGGACAGGGAGGCAUCGGAAAGACAACUUUAGGGAGAGCCAUUUUUAAUGAUAUUUCCAAACCAUUUGACGGUUCAAGUUUUUUGGCAAAUGUUCGAGAAAAGUCAAAGGAUGGCAUGGGUUUAGUUACUUUGCAAGAACAAUUACUCAAUGAUAUAUUGUUACCGCCAACAAGAUUAGUGGUGUCCGAUGUCGCUAGAGGUAAAAGUCUAAUACCACUUAGACUCCAUGACAAAAGAGUUCUUGUCAUCCUUGAUGAUGUGGAAGAUGUGGAGCAGUUAUGUGCUUUAGUAGGAAAAGCCAAUUGGUUUGGUAGUGGGAGUAGGAUCCUCAUUACUACAAGAGACAGGCAUUUGCUGACUCCCACCAUAGAUCGAGAUCGUGUGUAUGUGCAUGAAGUUAAAGCACUGGAGGAUGGUGAAGCUCGUGCGCUGCUUAGUAAGCAUGCUUUUCCGACAUACAAAAAAUUAGAAAGCAGGGCAGAUCUAUUGGAUGGUUUUUCGAAUCAUGCUAAAGGCCUACCUUUAGCACUUGAGGUGUUGGGUUCCUUAUUAUGUGGUACAACAGAAGAUGUAUGGGAAAGUAUACUAAAGAGACUUUCCAUGACUCCUAACGAAAAGAUUAAUAAUGUGCUCAAAGUGAGUUAUGAUGGACUAGAGAAAAAUGAGCGAGAGAUCUUUCUCCAUGUUGCAUGCUUCUUUAAGGGGCGAGCAAGAGAGUAUACAAAGAGAGUUCUUGACAGUUGUGAUCUACAAACAGCUGCAGGAUUUGAUACUCUUAUUAAGAGGUCCAUGAUAAGAAUUGAGUACGGAAACCUACAAAUGCAUGACUUGAUUCAAUCGAUGGGUAUGCAUAUGGUGGAGCAAGAAUUUGAUGAUCCCGGGAGACGCAGUAGACUACGGCUAUAUGAGGAUGUUCUUGAAGUUCUAUCACGCGACAUGGGAAAUUGUGAUGUAAAAGCCAUUGUGUUGGAGCCAUCUGUGCGGAUAAAGAUAUGUGCCGGUCCAGAUGCUUUUACAAAAAUGAGAAGGUUGAGAUUGCUCAUCUUGCACAAUGUUUCUUUCCAAAGUCCUAUAUGUCUUCCUAACGAGGUAAGAUGGAUUGAAUGGCCCGAUGCUCCCUGGUAUCCAGAAUUUUCUUGUGGUCCAAAGAAAUUAGUGCGACUUGAAAUGCCCGGAGGCAGGAUGACAUUUAUUCCAAAACCAUUGGAGGACUUCCAGCAAUUGAAGUACCUUAAUUUCAGUGAAUGUGAGUCAAUGGUUCGUAUGCCCGACCUCUCAUGUUCUUCAAAUUUCGAGGAAUUGGAUCUCAAGCAUUGUAAAAACUUGGGAAAAGCAGGCGAGUCGAUUGCAAAUCAUGCCAAGUUCCAGCGUCCUCAUUGCUCUUUUCGUUUCUCCGGAAGUAAGAUGCCAGAGUGGAUCUUGACUGUUGAUAGCAAGGUGCCACUCCUCCCUAUUGAUAGCCAGGUGCCAGACAGGAUGCUGAUUGGAGACUAUGGCCCUGUUGAAAGGCGUUCCAUAUCGUUCACGGUUUCAGAAGGCUUGUAUAAGAAGUUUCUUGGAUUGGCUCUUUGUGUUGUUGUCCUUAGACAUUAUUUGGAAGAGGAAGCCUUUUUGAGCAUUGAACGACAUGUUAAUGGCAAACAGCGGGGUUUCAAGCAAGAACGAUUCCAUUUAUUGACUAGGUGUCAUAUCUAUAUCCAGUAUUUCACUCUGGAUAAUCUAUGGGGAGAAGUAGAUUUUGGCCAAAUUGCUGGGAGGUAUGCACAACUUAGCCUUACGGUGGGAGGAUAUGUGUUAGCAUGGGGAUUAUGA